GAUCCCGUGUUUGUUACGUUUUCUCUCACUUCUCGUAGCUGGUGCUGCGGCUGCCGCUGUGUCUGGUUGUUGUGCUGUCGCUCGGAUAUUUUUCUCUUUGCAAUAUUCAAUAUAGUGGGAAAAAACGUAAUAUAUAGUAAACAGCCGCCACAUUUAUCUGUAUUACCUCAGAAAAAACAAUCGGCACUAUGGCCAAACGUCCUACGUGGUCUCUUUUGGUAAUCUCUCUACUGGCUGUAACUGCCCUGUCCCAGGAUUUAGACCUUUUUGAUGCCCUGGACGAUGGUCCCACUAAAUCACCGCCUGCCAAACCCAAACCUGCGCCAGCAGGACCAGCUGGAGGAAAAGAUUCGGACAUCUACGACCUUCUUGAUUUUGAUGCGAAACCCACCACCAAACCCCCAAGAAGGCUGCCGACCAAAGCUCCAUUCCGACCCAGACCAAAACCCAAACCUGCUGCAGAUGACUUUGACCUGAGUGAUGCCCUGGACCCGAAGAAUGACAUACCGGGAGGAAAAGACAAGGGUGGAAAAGGUAAUGAAUUUUCAGAUGGUGACCUCUUGGACAUCCUGGGCGACAAUGACUACAAACCCGAUAAAGGCAAAGGGGCACGAGGAGGGGGUGGGAAUAUCCCUGCUGAUAAUUCGAACAAUGACAACACAGCCGAGGCGGGCACAGUUGCGGGCAUUGCCAGUGCUAUUGCCAUGGCGUUGGUUGGUGCAGUCAGCAGUUACAUAUCCUACCAGAAGAAGAAGUUGUGCUUCAGUAUCCAGCCAAAUGUGAAUUCGGAGUACGUGAAGGCUGAGAAUCCGGAAUCGGUCAUUUUCCAGGAGCCACCAGUUCAGGAGACAAAGUUACAGCCCCCCAACGCCGAGCCCCCCCAGCACUGAAGAGGCGCUGUAACGUCACAAACGCCUCCGACAGUGAGCUUGCGCUUGGCACCCGACACCUACUGCAGUCCUCAACCCCCCCCCACCCCUCCAAAACUUCUGCAAACCCACCCACCUCAAACCCCACUGCUUUCCCUCCCAGCAGACUGCAUUGAUGCUUGUGGUCACCUGACGGUUUUGCCACAUUUGCACCUGUUUUUCUGACUGUUUACAUUGUUUGUUUGAAGCGAUUUCAUUGAAAAUGAAGGCAAAGUAAUUAUUUAUGGUUGGAGACUGGAUGCUGUGUUGCAUACGCAGGCUGUCCCCCCCCACCCCCCCUUGAUGCCUGGGGGGGUGGGGUGGAAUGGCUGCCGUAGAUGUUUGGAUUUUAUAUUCCUGGAAAAAGCAGAAUUCUGUUAGAUGGAGGCAAAUUGUGUGUCGGUGGUCCCAAAUCAGAAAGUGUCGGAUGUUUUCGUUUGAAAAGGGAAAGGUGUGCAUUGCUGACUGAUACGUUUUUAAAUGACAGUGGCUUUGUGAUCUAACAGUGUUCCAACUAGUGAGUGGUUCAAAUAAUUAAAAUUAUAAGAAGAAGGAGGGCAUUUUGGGUACAAAACUGCACGUAAAACAUCAGCAAUGAAGCACAGUGCCUAGAUGUUAGCAUACAAACAAUCAGAGACAAUCGUGUAAAUGUCAGCGAAGCUUUUACUGGUUUGAUUGCAUUGGAAAUGCCUAACUCUCAUAUGAGCUGCAGUAAGAAAUGCCACUGUCAAGGAGCUAUACUUGUGGUCACAGAGUUGUGGGUUAAAAUCCUGCAUAUGGCCCCGCCUCAAAAUCUAUGAGAAAACAUUUUCUGAGAUGGAUGAUAACAUUUUAUUUCAGUAUUAGUUCAGUGAGUUAACGCUUCUUUUUGUAUUUUUCGAAUGACCUUCAUCUCACUAGAACGGUGAGCCGAGAACGGACUUCUCAUUUACAGUAACGUUGCGUGGCACACCACAUCAUUUCACUGUGUUUGCAUUGGUCAUAGAAUCAUGAAGAUGAAUAACCUACUAUACAUUUCAUUUUGCCCAUUGCUGCCUUUACCUGUGCUGCCUAACCUAAUUGUUUUUACAUGGUCUGAAUGUGUUCUUUCAUUAUAUAGUUAUAUGUCCCAAACUCCCUGACAUUACUUCCUGAACCCGUUACUCAAAUCACGGCCCUGGUCGAAGAACUGCUGGUUUUCCACCCUCCUUUUACCUGGGAGUCAGGUGUGAAUACAGUCUGGCCAAUCAGUAGCACUAAUUGCUCAGUUAAUUACCUGGGGGGAAAGAAAACCAGGGCCGGAUUUUGAUUCAAGGUCCAAAUUUGAGUAUCCAUGCCCUAAACCUUUAAGCCUCCAACCCUGCUGCAGCUUUGAGGGGAGCUGACUGAAGCCUAUGGAAAUCACUGCCAUGUGCUGAUUAUAUAUUUGUUCCUGGCAGGGGAGAGAUUGGACAGGAAGUACUGGGCUGCGUUUGAAUAUCAUAAAUCGGGGCUGCCCAACCCUGUUCCUGGAGAUCUGCCGUCCUGUUUUCUUUACAACCUUAGCAAAGGACACCUCAUUCACAGUGAGAGACCUCCUUGAGCUACUGAAAUUGGUAGAAUUAGGUGUGCCAAAUAAUGGUUGAAAUGAAAACCUACAGGAAAUUAACAGGGUUGGGCAGUCCUGCCAUAGAAGCAUCCUUCCUAUCUUCUAGUCUCUUUGGGGUCUGGAAGGGGUUAACAAUAAUAGCAGUAGACAAAAUUAGGAAAUAUGCUCACUCCCCUCAGUUGAAGAAUAAUAAGGGAGUGGGAAAAAUAAUUCAGGGGAUAAGCAGAAGGAAUGAAGGAAGGGUACAUUUGGCAUAUUUCACAAUGACUAUCAAUCAUAAUGUGCCAUAGAUAAUCAAAUUAAUAAAAUUAAAAUCCUAUUUGUGAGAAAUUUCGAGCAAUUACUAAAUACAAGUACCGUAAUGUUCAUUCCAUCAGUCUUUCAAUGAAAUUGUAUUUAAGCAAUGGAUUUGGACUAUGGGAUUGGACUAAUUAAUUUACAGUGGAAUUGACACAAGGUGUAAAAUCAGGUUCAUUAACAGAGUAAGAGCAUGCGGUGCUGCAGUUUUCAAUAUUCAGGAAUGAUGUUGCCUCAAAGUGAUGCGAGUGAAAAAGUGUUACGUGUCUGAAUUCUUUCAAGAACUUUCUUCUGUUGUUGUUUUUGUCCACUUUCCUCCUUCACUUCCUUGUGAUGCUUAAAGAAGGAAUAAACUAAAUGAAGCAAAGUGAAGAAAUGAGGAAAACAUGAAGUUUUGAAAUGCAGCUUUAAUUACCAGGAAGUUAUAUCACCAUUCAGCUUGGGGAUUCCAGCUAGUAUAAAAAGAAACCUAAAAAGCAGGAGUGACUUGCAUUGACAAUGUUGCAAUGUAUUCGAUUGUGUGAAAAGUAAACAAGAUUUUCCACAUAGCUGUGCAGUAUACCAAAAUUACUAAGAUGUACUAACAGUACAUUAAAUGCCUGUUCUCUGUCAUAACUAAUGUGUGAGAGUUAGCAAACUGAAUAAAGUGGUACCAUUUUAA